AUGGAACGAAAGGAACUUUCAAGCAAUUGGAGGAAGCUUCAGCAGACUCUCAAGUCCAGUAGCACAUCGACUGGCAAAGAUACUUCUGCGAAAAAACGGGCAUCUGCUGGUGGCUCACUGGCAUACAAUGACGGCGUAAAAAGAAGGAAACUGUCAUCGUCACUGAAAAGCCUGACGGCUACUGGUAGAGACACGGGCCGUGGACACACAUCUAAGCGACGGAAAACCAUGUCUACCGUUACAGUAGCUGCUGAUGCAGACGUUCCUGCGGUAACAUCUUCCAACCAAACAGCUUCCGAUAAAGAUUUAGUGAAUAUAGGACUAUCCCCAGACAUCGAAGUGGGAAAGUACAUUGCAAUCGAUUGCGAGAUGGUUGGCGUGGGACCAGACCCCGACAAAGACUCGGCGCUAGCUCGCGUCAGCAUCGUGAACUACAAUGGUGAUCAAGUGUAUGAUUCAUAUGUCCGGCCUAAAGAAAUGGUCACCGAUUGGCGCUCAUCGGUAAGCGGCAUCCUACCAAAACACAUGGUCGAGGCGCGAUCCCUAGAGACCGUCCAGCGAGACGUAGCAAAAUUGCUUGACAAUCGUAUUUUGAUCGGACAUGCUGUGCGGAACGAUCUAGAUGCGUUACUACUUAGUCAUUCGAAACGUGACAUUAGAGAUACCAGCCGAUAUCCGCCGUACCGAAAGUUUGCAGGCGGCGGGUCACCGAAGCUGAAAGUGUUGGCUUCAGAACUGUUAGGAUUGGAGAUACAGGGUAGUGCACACUCAAGUGUUGAAGAUGCCAGGGCAACAAUGAUGCUUUUCCGUAGGGAUAAAGAGGGAUUUGAGAGAGAGCAUGUGAAGAGAUGGCCUGUACGGCCGGUCCCAUCGGCGAAUGGGUCAGGAGAGAAGAAAAAGAAGAAACCGAAGAAGAAAAAGAAGUGA